UUCUCCUUAGUCCCUUAUGAUUAACAUUUCCACAUUUCAGUUUGAACUUUCUGUCACUGUUUCUGUUUAGGUAGACAUGGACGGCAAGCUUCUGUUGUGUGUGACCAUCGUGGUACAGUGUUUGAGUGUCUCCGCUGGAAUUCAGAAAGAAGUCAUAGUUCCCGGCGAUGGAAAAACCUAUCCACAAGACAAAUGGACAGUGAUGGUUCACCACACAGAAAUGUUAGAGGAUGGCACCGUGAUCGAUAGUUCCAGGGGGAGAAAACCAAUGUUCUUCGUAGUCGGCGAUGCCAUACCAGCAUUAAACGAAGGCGUGAAAAAUAUGAGUAAAGGAGAGAUUUGUCAGUUAACAGUGACACCCGACUUGGCAUACGGAGAGAAGGGCAAGCCUGGACUGAUUCCUCCAAACACUAAUGUUGUUUUUGAACUGCACCUAGUAGACACGUGGAAUAAACCUCUCUACAUUUCUAUGGAGGACGUAGUUGUUGCCCAUGACAAAAAGGCUAACUAGGAUUUCUUGGAGUUCAUUCCAAGUCGUAUACACAUACAUGUACGCUUACACUGUAUGAAAGAUGUACGAAAAUUUUUUGUCCAACACUUACAGUAAUAAAAAAAUAUCUAACAAAAAAAACCUCUUGUUGCU